ACAGGGAUGACCUCAUUGCCCAUGGGCUCUUUCCCCUGGCAGGGACCUUAGGCAGAAGUGGGUAGCUAUGAGACAGAAACCAUGGGGAGACCCCACCCAUAGGGAGCCAAGCACCCUGCAUUCUGCUAGGCAGGUGGCCAAGGACCCCCUUCUAGCCCCACUGGUCUUUCCCCUCCCACUUCAGUGGGCAGAACAGCUACAUUCCUGGACACACAUUCCUGGUUUCAACCCCUGCCAACCACCACCCUCACUCCUCCCAGCCUGGGGACUGCUGCCCAGGCAGCCACUUCCUGCAACAGUAGCCACAGAGAGGAGGGGCCCAGACAUAACUAUCACAGCUGGAUGCCAGGAGCCCUUCUACAGGACCCCUUGGGCCCUGGCCUUCUGCACCUGCCCACGUCAGCCCCUUCCAACAGGCUUAUCAUCCCCAGGAACUCCCACUGUGCCCUUGUGCUCUCUCCACCUAGGGGACCACCUCCAAACUGAGGAAUGGGGAAGAACUGAUCUUAUCCAUGUAUGCACUAGCCUUGAAGAGUCCCAUGGAACCCACAGUGUGUGUGGGGGGUGGGGUUCCAGGGGAGCAGGAGUGGAUGGCUCAGUGGGUCCUGGCAUAGCUUGUGCCGGAUCUGGAGGGGAAGGUGCAGGGCAGGCAGGUCACGCCACCCCCACACACCCAUCUCCAUAUCACCACUGCUGGAGCAGAUUUCCAAUCCCUCCACACUCCUCUGUCGCCCCAACCCCCAAUGGCCUGGCACAAAAGGCAUAAGUGCACAUGGAAAGAAAGACAGACAGGGUGCGGCUAGGCACCCAAGGCCAGGGCAGCUGGGUGAACUUAGGAAUGCCAGAAGACAGUCUCUUGGUUCCUGCUUUACCCUCCUCUUCCCUGAAGACUGGGCCAGGCGCCGCGGUCUUGGGACCCUAGUAACACCCCAGAAACUUCCUGUUCCCCAGAAAGAUGCUCAGGACCCCAGGCGCUGCUACAGAAAAGCAAAAGGUGUGCCUGCUCUGCUGAGACUCAGCUCAAACUCCUGCAGGCUGAGAAGGGAGGCGGUGGCCUGGCGCGGGGGAGGGGCCGUCUGCUAUAAAGGCAGGGCUCAGAGCCCCGGAUUCAGCCCCAACGCACGUGUGCGCCGCGCCGACCAGCCGCCACCGCGGGGCGCAGAGGAGACUCGAACCAGCCCUGACCCGGUGGCCCGCGGAGGCCCAAAGAAGCGGCAUGAGCAGCGCACGGCGGAGCUGACGCCGCGCCCCCUGCCCGGCCCACGUCCUUCACCAUGCUCCGCUCCGCGCCACCGGGCCGCUACCUGUACCCCGAGGUGAGCCCGCUGUCGGAGGAUGAGGACCACGGAAGCGAGAGCUCGGGCUCCGACGAGAAGCCCUGCCGCGUGCACGCAGCACGCUGCGGCCUCCAGGGCACCCAGCGGCGGGCGGGAGGACGGCGGGCCGCGGGCAGCGGGCCGGGACCUGGGGGGCGGCCAGGCCGCGAGCCCCGGCAGCGGCACACUGCGAAUGCACGCGAACGGGACCGCACCAACAGCGUGAACACAGCCUUUACCGCGCUGCGCACGCUCAUCCCCACCGAGCCGGCUGACCGCAAGCUCUCCAAGAUUGAGACUCUGCGCCUGGCCUCCAGCUACAUCUCUCACCUGGGCAACGUGCUGCUGGUGGGCGAGGCCUGCGGAGACGGGCAGCCGUGCCACUCUGGACCCGCCUUCUUCCACAGCAGUAGUGCUGGCAGCCCGCCGCCGCCGCCGCCGCCACCACCACCGCCGCCACCGCCACCGCCUCUGGCUCGCGAUGGUGGCGAGAACACCCAGCCCAAACAGAUCUGCACCUUCUGCCUCAGCAACCAGAGAAAGUUGAGCAAAGACCGGGACAGAAAGACGGCGAUUCGAAGUUAGGAGGAAGAGGGUCCACAGCAGCCGAAAGGUGAUGCCACUAGGAAAGGUGGAUGCCCCUGGAGUCACGGAAAGCCCCACCUUGAAGCUGACCUGGACCACAGGUCCCUGGAGAGCACACUCACCAGGCCAAACCACCCUGGUUGUAAGCAGGGUCUAUGGACAGACAGAUGGCCAGGAAGGGCUAUGGCUUGACUCUAGCCCAGCACUUACCUAAGUAGCCCAGGCCCACUGGAACUUUCCAUGCUAGCUCCCUACCUGGGCCAAGUGUUGGCAUUUUGUUUUUCAUAUGAUAAUAUAAAGUCUGGAAAUUUUGUAUAAUUAAAAAUCAAACAGUAUCUUUCUUUUUUCCGUUUU